UUUCACUUGCUAUACCCAGACUAGUAGCCUACUAAGUUUUGUUUUCAUGCUCUCUAGAAACCGGGCGAGCGGCCUGAAAAGCUCAUCGUUUUCGUUACGUCACUAUUUGCAAGCGGUAGCAUCAAUAUAAAGGACUGUCAAAUGUUUCUGCAUAAUUCAGAUGAAGACUGAAGUUAUGAAAAUGUUGCUGUCUACUAAAGUAAUGUUUCUGAAGGCGCUCUUUGAUCUGUGCAUUAAUAAACUACAGUGCAUAUUAGCUACCGUCCUGUCCAGGGCACACUGCUUUCUUGGGGAGACAAAUCGGCAUUUGGGAGGCGCACCUGAAGUUACCACCUUAGAUGCGGGAUAUAAGAAGUCUGCAGUGGCACCCACCAGCGUCAAUUAUCAUUUUACACGGCAGUGUAACUAUAAAUGUGGCUUUUGUUUCCACACUGCGAAAACAUCUUUUGUUCUUCCCAUUGAGGAGGCAAAAAAGGGUCUGAAAUUACUGAAGGAAGCAGGGUUGGAAAAAAUCAACUUUUCCGGCGGAGAGCCGUUUUUGCACGACAGGGGAGAUUUUUUGGGAAAAUUGGUUCAGUACUGCAAACAGGACCUCCAGCUUCCCAGUGUCAGUAUUGUCAGCAACGGAAGCCUGAUAAAAGAGAGAUGGUUCCAGAAGUAUGGGGAGUACCUGGACAUCCUGGCCAUUUCCUGUGACAGCUUUAACGAGGAGACCAAUCAGCUGAUUGGCAGAGCCCAGGGCAGGAAGAGCCACCUGGAUAACCUCCACAAGGUCCGUAACUGGUGCUGUAACUACAAAGUGGCAUUCAAGAUCAACUCUGUCAUCAACACCUUCAACAUGGAUGAAGACAUGAGCGAAAACAUUACCCGGCUGGACCCUGUUCGCUGGAAGGUGUUUCAGUGCCUGCUGAUUGGCGGCGAGAACUCAGGAGAGAACAGUCUGAGGGAGGCCGAGAGGUUUGUCAUCAGCGAACAGCACUUCCAGGACUUUUUGGACAGACACAGCAGCAUUUCCUGUCUGGUUCCAGAGUCCAAUCAGAAGAUGAGAGAUUCCUACCUCAUCCUGGAUGAAUAUAUGCGCUUCCUGGACUGCACCCAGGGGAGGAAAGACCCCUCUAAAUCCAUCCUGGAUGUAGGGGUGGAGACGGCCAUCCAGUUCAGCGGCUUUGAUGAGAAGAUGUUCCUCAAGAGAGGAGGAAAAUAUGUGUGGAGCAAAGCUGACAUGAAGUUAGAGUGGUGAUCAGUGUGGGUGGAUGUGGGGUUUGUUUACUGCUGCACUUUAGAAAUAGAAUGAUAUUAUAAAUAAUAAUGGUAUAGUUUCAUGUAAUUGCUCUGUAAUUGUGUGCAAAGAUUGGUGCAUAAUUACAUUAGCUGCCUAUUUUAUUUGUUGUUAUAUUUUAACCUGUUAUGAUAUGUUUUUACGUUAAUAUUUGUUGUUGACUAAAAUGAGCUUUAAAAUAUACUCAAUGAAGUAUGAGUGUAUGUUGAGGACAGUACUAAUGCAUUUUAAUGGAGCAAUGCAUGUUUGCACAUCUGCACUUUGAAAUGUAACAGCGAAAGUUCUGCCCUUUUUUACUGGCAAACGUCUCUCCUGUAUAUUUUGCAUAAUGGAAAUAAAUCAAUCUAUGAAUGACA